UUUCCGAGCCUCUCCCCCCCGCGCCGCAGUGGGAGGAAGUCGAACCACAAAGCAAGCAGUGCCACUGUGCUGCUAGCAGAAAAAACACACACACACACACAUACACACACACACUGAAAAAUACAUCCUCAACCCAACAUGUGCCAUAUUGGAGCAGGAGAGCGAGGAGCAGCUUAGAAAAAAACCCCACCGACAGACAUCGGUGCUUCGGGGCGGCAGCAGCGGAGAGAGGACGCUUCCUGACGCCGAGCACGGGCUCUCUCGGCUCGGAUAGCCUGAGCAAGCAGGAGUCGCUUCAGCUUCUUUCUUUUUCUUUUUUUUUUCUUUCUUUUUUUUGUGUCAUUUCCACGCCGCACAAAAAAAAAAAAAGCUGGCGACAUUGCAUUCUUCCGCCUUCCGGGUCGUCGGUUUAGAAGCGGUUUACGGAGCCGUGGAGGUGGCGGCGGUGCUGCUGCUGGACGCAGGGGGGAAAGUUGCCGUUUGAAACAGGCGGACCACCGAGCUCCAUCUCCCCCACCCCUCCUCCACCAUCAGCGGCGUCACCGUCAAGACCCGCCGUCGGUAGCUUCCGAGCGAGGACGCGCAGCCCCUCAACGCACCCGGGCUAACCCCCCGACCAGGAGAUAUGGAUUAUUUCCCCGUGUUUCGCCUCUGUUUUUAAGCCGCCAUCGAAGAGGCUGUUUCUGGGAACCGGAGCCAGACUCUCCCCCCUCCCUCCCCGCUUCUCUCUCCCCCACCUCCAACACGGGUCUCCCUGUGUCUCUCUCCGGUCUUAUCAGCCUGAAAACCAGCGUUUAGUAGCCCGCGAAGCUGCAUUUACGUAGACUAAACCGAGCGAAAACAGUUUAUUAUUAAUAUUUUUAAAUGUAUAUUUUUUAACUGUUAGCAUUCAUGCUAUCAUUUUUUUUCUUCUUCUCAUUCUUUUUGCUGGCUCGUUAGCUUGGGAGCUAACUAGCAGCCGAACCCAAAUAUCGAUAUUGGCAGGAGGCUAAAACAAACUUAGCUCCCGGGGUUGAUUCUGGGUUUUGGUGCUAAACUCUUCUCAAAAAAGUAAAAAAAAAAAAAAGAAAGAAAAAAAAAAGAAGAAGUGUUUGAACUAGCAUUUUAUUUUUAUUUUUGUUUUGUUUGUGUUGUUUUCGUGCCGAUAAAUUGAACGUUAACGGCACAGGAAGCUACAUAAACAGUAGAAGAAGAAGCAGGAGGACCAGGACCAGGGUGGAUUUUAUGGAGCCCUGCCUCACCUUUAACCCGGGUUUUCUAUCUGUGCCAACACCUUGUAAUUUUAUGGUGCACCAGUUGGAAACACCAAGGAUGAAAGCCGCCUCCUCCCCCAUUUCUCCUUAUUGAUUGUUGUUCCCACUGGGGAGGAUAUAGGCCCAUAAAUAUAAAAACAUACACACGUGUCCUCUGACUUCUAGCAUUUUUUUGUUGGCUCUGACUCUGCAGCCACUAAAAUUAGAUUUUUUUCUCCUCGGCUGUUUACAUUUUUAAGGAAUCUUACCACCCAUCUAACCCCCCCCCCCUCCCCACUCUUCGUGUCUUGUGAAACCCAUGCGGGGCUGUGGAGAAGGACCAGCGGCUCGGAGAGGACCAGGGGAGUCCCCGGAGGACCUGUUGUAAGGGUUUGACAGCAGCUGUCCUCGGAUCCUGCAUCAUCCUAUUUAUCUGUGCGAGACAUAUCGCGUAGAGGCAGGAAGGAAGGAAGGAAGUGCUGGCCUCACAUCUCAUUUAUCUAUCUCCCUUUUUUCCACCUUUCUCCUCUCAACACGCCUCAGAAGGAGGGAGAAAGAAGAAAGCUGCAGUUUUUUUUCUUCUUCUUCUUAUUAUUCGUGCACUAAAUGGGAUUACACAGACCCGCUGACUGCAUCUUCCUCCAGUAACCCGUCACCCAGAUGUCUCCCCCCGUCAAUUCCCCCCUUUCUGUCCCCAUGGUGGUGUGAGGUGAGGCAGCCUGCAGACAGCGCCGCGGUCCCGGUCCCGAUCCCGGUCCCGGUCCAUGGUCAGCUCGGCUCGGCUCGGCUCGGCUCAGCUCGGCCCUUCAUGCUGCUCGUCCCCCGGCGGAGGAGGAGGACACUGCUGCUUUUUGACUGAAAACAGAACCCCGCCAGCCCCGGUUAUCUGAUAGGGUCGGAAGAUGGCGGACCUCGAAGCGGUGCUCGCUGAUGUGAGCUAUUUGAUGGCGAUGGAGAAGAGCAAGUCGACUCCAGCGGCCCGGGCGAGCAAGAAAAUCAUCCUCCCCGAGCCCAGUAUUCGCAGUGUGAUGCAGAAGUACCUGGAGGAGAGGGAUGAGCUGACGUUUGACAAAAUCUUCAACCAGAAAAUCGGCUUCCUGCUGUUCAAGGACUUCUGCAUGAACGAGAUCGACGAGGCCGUGCCACAGCUCAAGUUCUACGAAGAAAUCAAGGACUACGAGAAGCUGGACUCGGAGGACGAGAGGCUGAGCCGCAGCCGGCAGAUUUACGACGGCUACAUCAUGAAGGAGCUGCUCUCCUGUUCACAUCCAUUUUCCAAGAAGGCGGUGGAUCACGUUCAGAGUCACUUGGCCAAGAAGCAGGUUCCCCCGACUCUGUUCCAGCCAUACAUCGUGGAAAUCUGCGACAGCUUGAGAGGGAAGAUCUUCCAGAAGUUCAUCGAGAGCGACAAAUUCACUCGUUUCUGUCAGUGGAAGAACGUGGAGCUCAACAUCCACCUCACCAUGAACGACUUCAGCGUUCAUCGGAUCAUCGGCAGGGGCGGCUUCGGGGAGGUGUACGGCUGCAGGAAGGCCGACACGGGGAAGAUGUACGCCAUGAAGUGUCUGGACAAGAAGAGGAUCAAGAUGAAGCAGGGAGAGACUCUGGCUCUGAACGAGAGGAUCAUGCUGUCACUAGUCAGCACAGGGGACUGCCCGUUCAUCGUGUGCAUGACGUACGCCUUCCACACCCCCGACAAGCUCUGCUUCAUCCUGGACCUCAUGAACGGAGGAGACCUCCACUACCAUCUGUCCCAGCACGGUGUCUUCAGUGAGAAGGAGAUGCGUUUCUACGCCGCAGAGAUCAUCCUGGGUCUGGAGCACAUGCACAACCGCUUCGUGGUCUACAGAGACCUCAAGCCAGCUAAUAUCCUGUUGGAUGAACACGGCCACGUUCGGAUCUCCGACCUCGGCCUCGCCUGCGACUUCUCCAAGAAGAAGCCUCACGCCAGCGUUGGUACUCACGGCUACAUGGCUCCAGAGGUUCUCCAGAAGGGGACGGCGUACGACAGCAGCGCCGACUGGUUCUCCUUAGGCUGCAUGCUCUUCAAACUCCUCCGAGGGCACAGUCCCUUCAGACAGCACAAGACCAAAGACAAACACGAGAUCGACCGCAUGACGCUCACCAUGAACGUGGAGCUGCCUGACUCCUUCACCCCGGAGCUCAAAGACCUCCUGGAGGGGCUUCUGCAGAGAGACGUGUCCAAGAGGCUGGGCUGCCAGGGCCGAGGAGCCCCAGAGGUGAAGGAGCAUCAGUUCUUCAAAGGCAUCGACUGGCAGCAGGUUUACCUCCAGAAGUACUCUCCUCCUCUCAUCCCUCCCAGGGGAGAGGUGAACGCUGCAGACGCUUUUGACAUAGGCUCUUUUGAUGAGGAGGACACCAAGGGCAUCAAGCUGCUGGACAGUGACCAGGAGCUGUACAAGAACUUCCCUCUGGUCAUAUCUGAGCGCUGGCAGCAGGAGGUGGCGGAGACGGUGUACGAGGCCGUCAACCUGGACACGGACAAGAACGAGGCUCGGAAGAGGGCCAAGAACAAGCAGCUGGGCCACGAGGAGGACUACGCCCUCGGUAAAGACUGCAUCAUGCACGGCUACAUGCUGAAGCUGGGGAACCCGUUCCUCACCCAGUGGCAGCGCCGCUACUUCUACCUGUUCCCCAACCGUGUGGAGUGGAGGGGGGAGGGGGAGUCACGGCAAAACCUGCUGACCAUGGAGCAGAUCGUCACGGUGGAGGAGACGCAGAUUAAAGACAAGAAAUGCAUCCUGCUGCGCAUCAAAGGAGGGAAACAGUUUGUGCUGCAGUGUGAGAGUGACCCUGAGUUCGUGCAGUGGAAGAAGGAGUUGACCGAAGCCUUCACAGAAGCCCAGAAGCUGCUGCGUCGCGCCCCCAAAGUCAUCGGGAAGGGCCGGGCCGGAGUGGUGGAGCUGUCCAAACCCCCCCUCACACACCGCAAUAGCAAUGGCCUGUGAAUACACACACACACACACACACACGCAUAAACACACACACACAUGUAUACACACACACACACACACACACUGCAUCUCACCUCCCCCUCCUCAUCAGCUGCGACACCUCCACCACCGACCUCCUCCCCCCCUCCCGCCCCCCCCGGCCCGACACCCGUCACCGAGAGGAUGAGGAGGGAAACACUCGGCAUGUGAAGAACCUCUGCAUGAAUGUGUGUGCCCCCCCUCCCUCCUCCUCCUCCCCUCCUCCUCCCCCACCUCCUCCUCCUCAUCGAUGUGUCUCCUCCUGGUGAGACUCCUCCUCCUCAGAGACGUCGCAGAUCUGAUCGGAUUCAGAUCGGCCAGUGAAGAGGAACUCCCCCCUCCCUCCCUCCCUCCCUCCCUCCCUCAGCAGGGAAUGUACAAAAAGAAAAAGGAAGACGCACAUUAAAUAAACGCCCCCCCACUCCCCCCACCCCAAUAAAAACAAACCCCCCUCCCCCUUAAUGAAGUGCGUAAAGUGCCAACGUCGAUGUUUUACUUGAGUCACCUGAGGAUCUGCUCCAGUGGCAACCACUACCCCCCCUCCUCCUCCUCCUCCUCCUCCACCCCCCCAUCAUCCGGGCCACACCCAUGGAGAAGUGGGCAGCCCUUCUGGGGGGGGGGGGGUCGAUCAUUCCGAUGCAAGAAAAAACCCAAGGAAGGACCACGGACAACUCUCUCCUCCCUCCUCUCUGAUUGGCUCUCCGGUCGCCACGGAGACGCCGUCAGAUCCCGUCAGCUCGGGCCGGUCGCUGCGGGGACCGCAGAGACGGUAACCACGGACAACGACGGCGUGACUAUUGUGUACGAGGGGGGGAAGGAGGGAGGGAAGGGAGGGGGGGACGGACGAGGAAGUGACUCUGGAGUGUAAAUAUAAGGAACUCUGUCUCUGUGCAUCGCCAGUGUUUUUAGUCCAGUGUGUGUUUGCAUUUUAAAAACCCGCGACCUCUCUCUUAGUCCGCCUGCUCGUCAGUCUGUACCGGCUUUCUGGGGGGGGGUUAGUUUACGUGCUGGGUGGGGUGGGGGGGGGCGGUGUGGCAGCCAAUGGCAGCGCUGCUUUUACCUCGUUAACGUCCAGCGUCCUGGUCUCUGGUCUCUGGUCUGCUCACGUCUCCCAGCUUCAGGUUAAAAGUCGACCCCCGAGUUUAGGAAACGAUGCAGAUGCACCAUCGUGGGGGGGUCGAGUCUCUGCUUCCUCCACAGAGGAUUCUGGUGCAGGAUGAAUGUUUUUAACAGACGAGGAAAGUUGUUAAACUCGUGAAUGUUUUUUAGCGUCAGGACCUGACGUCCUCAUCGGUGUCUCCUCAGACCGAGACUCGUCCCGAGAGAUUAAAAGGAAGAGGAGACAGGAAUUUAAAAGACAAAAAACAUCGACCCGAGGAUUUUCUGAAGCGAUUCAUUCCAAACCUUUCACAUCCUGAAGGGACACGGAGCUGAGACGUGAGCAGACCCCGACUCAUCCAGACCGGUCUGUUCUGGAGCAGGUUGAUUGGUGGGUUCUGGUUCCUGGUUCCUGGUUCCUGUUUCCUGGUUCAUGAAGGGUUUGUUUCUUAAAUGGUUCGUGGUUUUCGUGGGUUUGGACUCAUCUAACAGCGCUGCGGCUUCAGUGUUUCAGUGGAGAGGGUCUCUUUGUUUCAUUUUUUUUAUUAUUGGCGGGAAUUUAGAUGUGAGGACGAGGAGGAGCAGGAGGAGGAGCAGGAGGAGGAGCAGCAGCUCACCGGUGGAGACAUAAAUUCAUAAAUUUCAGGGGUUUUUCUUUGUCCACUGUCUCCUUGGUCUGUGACGUCCAUGCAUUUCCAGAGCUGUGAUGUGUCCUUCAGUGGGAGGAAGGUUUGGGUUCUAGUUGUUGUUCUUCUUCGUAGCCUUCGUACCAGUCAGGGGGAACAUGUAUCGUCUUAUAGAGAAAUCGUGUCACCUCUCCAGGUGUCUUUUAUUUUUGUAAACCAAAAUGGGUUUUUAUUGUUUUUUGUUUUUUUGUUGAAAUCUACUUUUUGUUGCACCUUUUUUUUUUUUUUUUUAAAUUUUCGCCCUAUGUGUUACUUUACUAGUUGUUAAAUGUGCCAAAUAACUGUUCGACUUGUAUUGGAUGGACCGUCCUCGGAUCAGACGCUCCGCUCUGAGUUGGCGGCGCAGGUUUCUGGUGGCGGUGUCUCUGAACGGGACAAAACUGUGACCAAACGUUUCUUUUUUUUUUUAUUCUGUUUCGUUGUCCCGCUGGUUUGGUUUCGUGUGUGUCUGUGCUCUGGGUUUCCACCACGUUGCCGUCGGGGACCAUGGACGCACACAUCCGGCUCCUCUGAACAUUGGUUCCUCUCUUUCACACUGUUAAUGGCGUCGUGACGUGAGGAGCGGCUGGUGGGAAUAUUUCAGCUUCACGAUGGACGACGACGCAUUCAGCUCUACACAAUUUAGAAAAGAAUAAAAACUAAAAAACAAAAAAAAAACAGAGGAUGGCAUAUAGGAAAAAAAAUAAAAUUCAAAGAGUAUAUAAAUAUAUGUGUAUAUGAAAUGACAAAAAGCUCUAGGUUUAUUUAAAAGAUUUAAUGUAGAAACAUCUUGUUCUUCAGGGGAAGGUCGGGUUCUUUUUUUUUUUUUUUUUUUUAUUCUCCCAUGUGAGUAUAUUUGUUUGUGGUGAAGACUUCGGCUCCAAUCUUGCACAUAAAGACUCUUCUUAGAACUAUCGUUGAACCUUGAAGCGUUGACCAGAUGAUUAUUUUUGUUUCCAGAUACCGGACUCUUCUCUCUCUGUCUCUCUCUCUGUCUUUGCUCUUUCAUAUUUAUUACGUGUGCGGGGCCUCAGCCGAGCGCUCGCCCUAGAAUAAAAAACAAAAAAAAAAGGAAAGAAAGAAAGAACCAACCCCGCCGGUUUACGCCAUCAGAAACUCUUCUUCUUUGUUUUUAUUUUUUAUUCAUACGCCACAGACAAACACAGAUACUACUGGCUUUGGGUUAUUGGAAUUAAGGUCAUGAUAAUACUGAUAUCUAAUUGAUAAUUAUUCAGUGAUUAUUAUAAAAGUUUUAUUUUAUUUGGAAGAUGAUUUCUUUGUUUUUUGGAGACAGGUAGGAUGUUGCGUGUUGGACUGCUUGUAAAAACAGUUCAUGAAUAAAAAUCCUUUUUCCGUGUUG